AUGUGGCAGACGUUUUUCACCACGUCUGAUCACUGCGCCCUAAACAACCCAGUACCUCACUGCGCAUCGGGCUCCUACCUCAAGGACCAGGCAGUGGCGGCAUCUAGGUCAGGGGGCCCCGCCCAGCGAAUUGACUACAAACCACCAACGCAAGACGCCAACAUGUAUAUCGACACAGUCGACCUGGACUCGGGCCGCAUCGUGCAAAACCACUCCCUCGCCCUAAUCGAGUCCCAGUCCCAGAUGUUCGUCUACCCUGGAGGCUUCUUAUAUCCCGUCUUCACAGGUUGUCUUAGCGUUGGCUCACCCGACCCUCAACAAGUCUUCGCUAGCGGCGUAAAGAAUAGGCCAAGCGUCAACGCUCCUUGA